UGGUUCUCCAACCCCUAUAAAAUAUGCCCAGAAUUUGACAUCCGAAUGCACCAAACAGUUUCUGCAGACAAUGGCACUGAAUUCUUCUAUGAGGGCUGCUGUGGCCACACUUGUUCUGUUCUCCAUUGUUCUCACUUUACCAUGUGAGGCAACAAGACCAACCCCAGAGCUUAUUAGGCGACCCCCGAUUGUUUGUCCUGCCUGUGUUUGCUGUGCACCAGCGCCUCCAGGCUCAUGUUGCCCCUGUCGCUGUCCUCCUGGAGUGGGAAGCCCUAUCGGCUACGCAGCUGAAGCUGAUAACACUUCGCCAUGACUUGACCGGCACAAGUUUGUUUACUUUUCUACUUGUGUGUACCCUUCCAAAGUACCAAUGUACUAGCAUGAUAAACAUAUCCAAUUUCGAUUGGAUACCAUGUUGAAGUGAAAUACCUGAUUACGAAUAAGUCUCGUUAGACUCUCUCUCUCCGUAAUUUGGGAUAAAAUAAAUUAUACAAUUGUUAUCA